UUUUAAAUUUUGCAUUCAUGUCUCACGACAGUUUCCACUAUGUGCUGUUUGAAUUGGAGAUUACUUGUAUUGGCAUAGUUACUCGUGGAUAUGUGGAGAAAGACUACAUAGAACUGCUGAAGCAUUUUGAGGUUGGUAAAAUGAUAAAAUGAGACAUUAAGUUUCAGCUGCAAAGAGAAAGUAUGAUCCAUCGUUGCUUUCGGCUGAAAAACAGAGCCGAUUAUAGUCAUACUUCGGAUUUGAACACGCCCUGCGGAUUCUGUUUCUAUACCUCCACCUGGCUGACUCAUUAUCACAACGAGUUGUUGCGACAAUGCGGAAACUUGUCAAAAGCGGUAUCUGACAGUAUGCUGUCUAUACGGAGCCCAUACGCAGCCUUUUUCUUACACUUCAAGUACUUUAAUCGCUCGUAACUGCAGUAUUAUGCGCUAAUUGUGCUUAAAACUUUAUCAGGUAACUUGAAAAAAGCGUAUUGUCAACAUGUCGUGUACUUUUGGGAGACUGUUUCUGUUGGUUUCCUUCUGGACAAAUGUUGCCUGGACCGAAGACCGCACAGAAAAAUUCUUUCCCCCGAGCAAAGUGGAACUUUCAAGGAAGAGUGAGUUCUGCGUUGAGUUACGAUGGAACCCACCUGUGAGCUUAGUUAACAACACCUGUAAAGUUUCUUAUCAAGUGUAUCAGAAAAAAAACGGGGAAAAAUUGAAUUAUAUUCGUUCAAAACUGAGCUUUGAAGAAUGCCUGGAUUUGAGCGAUGGUGUUGAAUAUGGAAUUCGAACUAAGUCAGAAGAAUGUCCUUCUUGGAAGGAGAGUGACUGGGUUAAAGCCACAAUUCCAACACCAGCAGGUGACCCACAGACUGCAGUGAAAGGAUUCCAGUGCUCCUUUUACAUGCCUCAAUUCCUGAACUGUACUUGGCACAUAGACUCCGGAAAACAUUCCAACUACCGCAUGUAUUACUGGCUAAAAAAUACAUCACACACUCAGGAAUGUAGUACUUACAUUUAUGAUGGCAGUCUCCCGAAAGGAUGCCACAUACAUAGUACAUUUCUGGACCUGAAAGGAACCAAUGAUAACCAACUCUUCAUUCUUGUUAAUGGAACAGAGGGCUACCUUCCUGUGAAGCCCAUGUACUUUGAAGUGAAUCCAUUACAUAAAGUUAAGCCAGAGCCUCCAAAGAUGCACUUCAUGCAGAAAGCGGACAAACUGAACAUUCAGUGGGAGCCACCCAAAGGCUUCCAGGAACAGUGCUGGAAAUACCAGCUCCAAUAUAAAGACAGCACAAUGAAAGAAUGGCAGGACAUGUUUUCAAACGAUAAAACAGAAGAGUCUAUCUCCUAUGAUCCACGAUAUAAAUACACCUUGAAAAUGCGAGCAGUCUACAAAACUGAAUGUGGAGAGGGCUCCAGUGAGUGGACUGAAGAGGAAGAGUAUGGAGAAGAACAACCAGUAGACUGGUCUCUAAUUAUUCUAAUUAUUAUUCCAAUCUUUAUCGCUAUAGCUGCCAUAACUCUCCUUAUCUACCUGAAAAGACUCCGGCUACUGAUUCUGCCUCGGAUCCCUGACCCUGGGGCCAUCUUUAAACACAUGUUCAACAUCAAUGAUGAUCGAAUGAUGUCAGAGAAGGAUGAAAAGCAAUACAGGCUGUUUGAACCGUACCCUGAAGAAGUCUGUGCCGUAUCAGUGGUGGAGCAAUGUACUUAAUGGGAGUUAGAAAACCACUACAUAUGGAGUAUUACAACCCCUGAGAGAGGUGUGGGACUGUUUCAGGCAUGGAAAUAAGACCACCUCAGCUUGGCCUUUAGGGGAGAAUCAGUGUAAAGACAACUGCCCCGAACUUUCCUUCAGGACUGCUGCUCAGAUUUACUGGGAAAGUCUUCGCUAAUUUCGCACUUUGCCUUCUGGAAACGAAACAAAAUGUGGAAAAUUCUCCCGAAGACGUUUUUUUGCCUUCAGCAGAUACCAUGGACGUAAAAGUUUUGGUUACAGGAUUAGCACUUCUGUUAUAGAGGAGCAUUUAUCGGCAGUAAAGAAUCCCACACCUGAUGCAAAAGAACACAAACGAAAACCUGUUCACAAAAGUGCGCUCAAAAGUGAGUUCAAAUGAUUUACUUGCUGUGUUGCUAGAAUGUGAAUCCAGAACGUGGUAGUGAAAAGGAAAUAAAGUUUCCAUUUCCAGACGACCUGCAACUUCAGCUGUAGAGACCUGAUAGAUCCUGAGCCACUAUGGUGGUUGAAAUCACCCUUAAAGGCAGUUUCUGUUGUAUACAUGAAAAGGCUCCUUGGAUAAAAUACAUAUGAACAAUAUUGUGCACGAAUGUCCUGGCUCAAUCUUGGUUCCACUUAACUUGAAGAACAGGGUUGCGUUGACACAGAAAAGUGCCAUUGUUCGCAGACUCAAAAGACUGACUGGAACUUUUCCAUCAGGUGUAUAUGUCAGCACACAAGAAUGGAUCCAGAUUCCAAAGACUGGUAGAGAAAUGGGGGCUGUGUGGUGAUGUGUUCUCCAUCUUGCUACACCCAAGUACUGCCUAGCCACACAGAAUCAUUCCUGUGAACUUAGAGAAAGUGCCAUGUUUUUCAACAUUUCAAAAGCUAAAUAACUACAGUCCUAUCAUCAUAUACUGUAUACACAGGUGUUUUAUCAUAGUUUCAUGCAAAUACAUAUACUACUCUGUAGCAAUCAUAUAUCCAUAAUCCCCAGCACAUUCUGUAACAAGAUGGGUAGUUUUAUGUUUUCCCUUAAAAAAAAAAGAAGGAACGUUGCACAUUUCCUAAAAUACAGGGCCUAAUUGUAGUGCAGUGAAGGGCAAAUUAGAUAUUCCAAGUCCAAUCAGAAUUUCCUUUUCCUUUGUCAGACAAGAAUGAAUAAACAUCUAGCUGAUCAGUGUUCCUGAUCCAAAAUGAAACUGUAAAGACGUAUGUUUUUCUCAACUAUCAGAAGAUAAAUGGAGACUAUAUUUGUGUAAUGUUCAUUUACAAAUGUCACUUUUGCUUUUGAGGACAAAAAAUGGUUUAACAUUCUCUUCUCUCUGUGCCCAAAAGAAUGUACAUAAUAGCAUAAUAGUAGUGUGCUGAGAGAUUUUGACUUUGAAUUUAAUGAAGUCUCCGGUACAGAAUAUUGUCUGGGUAAACCACCUUUAUAAUGCAAAAUGUGCUGCUAUUACUAUCGCGACUGUGAUAAUGCACUCUGUGCUGUGCUGUGUAUUGGCUCAUUAAAAUAUGUUGCACUUUGUGUGCAUUUAUGCUACACGUUGCAGAAUCCAACAUGGCAAUAAAAGCCACACCAAGGCAUAGUUUCAAGAAACUGGGGUCACAUUACCCACUUCAGUGAUCAUAAACUUCAGGUGGUUUAAUUUGUAAUGAUAGUUAGAUUGGAGUUUAUGUUUUCUGUUUUCUUCAUAAAAGUCUGUUGUGUGUCUAGCAGUAGUUAUUUAUUAAUUACCCUGAUAAUACCAUAAAACUAUAAUUUAAGAUUAAGGAGCUCUAAAUCCAAUUCAGUUAUUUUGAAAAAUCUAGGGCUGACAGCUCUGACAGCUGUGUUAUUCCCCACACAUUAAGUACACUUGCUAAGAUGCACUAGCAUCAUUGAAACUUAAGACAUCUGCUCUUAUUAUGGAUUUUAAUGUGGUCAGUUCCUUAUUUGAAAACUUCCCCUGUGAGAGAUGCUUGGAGAAGCUUUACAUUUGCAGAAACGUGGACACUAGUUCAAACACUGUUGGUUAGUACUUAAAAAACAAACUUUAUAAUGCAUCAUUUUGAAGGGUGUAGCUGUAAAAAAUGUAAAUGUUUUAUUGUAAAAUCCACUUUUUGUCAAAGUGUUGUACAAUGUGAGUUCACAGAGUGGUUGUGUAUAUUUUCUUUAAAUAUGUGAAUACUUUGUCAUUUUUAAUGUUAUGAAACUAUCAAAUAAAAAUAGAUUUGACCAUGUACACAUUGUCAUCGUAA